AUGGAGUGUAUGUCUCAGAAAAGACUUCAUGACACGUGGAAACAAUACCAACAACUAUUCGGAGCAAGUCAUUCGGAGCAAGUCAUUCGUAUCACCAAAGACAUUAUAUUUGAUAGGUUGAAGGCUUAUAAUGCCAUUCAAAUGUUUAAUUUUGUGACUAAAACAAUGGAUAUGUACUACAAGCGUCGACUACUUGCUUUGGCUGGCAACCGACUAGAUCAUUUUGUAGCACUUCGGUUUACAAUUUCAGGAAUGAAUGCAGACAAAGCACCCCUUCCACACACAAUCCAUGCCACUGAAUCAGAAGAUGUCUACACAGUUGAAAGCAGAACACAAAAGAACCAGACUUGGAUUGUAGACCUACGAGCAGGAACAUGCACUUGUCCAAGAGGAAGAGAAGGGCAGCCAUGUGCACACCAGCUAUCAGCAUCACUGAAAUAUCGACGACACUGUCUCAACAAAAUCCCAACAGCAUCGGCAGUUGGACGACGUCUAUAUGCCCAAGUAGCAGUUGGAAAAGACACCCUACCCCUGCAGUUCUACAGCCACCUUCACCAAAAGGAAGAAGACAACUACAUGGAAACCUUAGGUGUUGAACCAGAAUGGAAACAGGAAAAUGAAUGCCUCCUGUCAGGCCGGCAGAGUAUCACAUCAGAUGAGAGUGCACUCAAAGUUUCCCUUACAGCUCAGGGACAUGACUUUGAUACACCAGAAAAUCCUGAAUGCUUGUCAAUUGAAAAGACUUUGUCAGUACAAAACAUGACUAGUGAAUAUGAUGAUGUCACAGCUGGUCUUGCAAACACAAUGGAAGACAUUCACCAAAAACUGGAAAGUGGAGAUGAUGAAUUCCUAAAAUCGGUAAAAGAAUUUUGCAAGCAGUACAAGAAAAUAGUGGAAUGA